UGGAAAAAAAAAAAACGCCAGUAGAAGAAGAGGCGGCGGAUGUAAACGGAUUGCUAGCAGUUAUUCUCUGAAUAUGUGAGUAUUUGCAGUAAAGAUGUCUUCAGUUCAGCCGCAGAGGAGAUUUAUCAACCAGCAUUUAACUCCUGCUGAAGAAACCGACCCAGAGUUUGAAGAAGUCAUCGUGAAAUCGGAGGACGAGCUCGAUGAUCAGUCCAGUCUGCUGGAUUUCUCCCAAGAAGACAUCCACCAGGAUGAUGUUUGGAAAGAGGAGGCGCUCGCCGAUCAGGAGAGGAGCUCCAGAUUUGAUGAAGAGGAUCCCGAACCUCUGCAGAUGAAAGAGGAGCAGGUUGAGUUUGGACAUCUGCAGAUAAAAGAGGAAGACAUGGAGCUCCUUGUCAGUCAAGAUGAGGAACUGCUUGAGCUGAAGGAGGAGUCUGACACCUUCAUGGUGACGCCUACUGACGAGGAAAGCUUUCACACCGAACCAGAACCAAACUGGUACCCGCUCGACUCUCAGGACUCCCCUGAAAGUGACAACCAGGAUCAGGAAGGAAGCAUUUCAGAAGACUGGGGGUCAAAGAGUGAUGAAGAGCAAAUGUUAAAUGAACGGGGUCAGGAAACGAGACAAUAUAAUCAGUAUUCUGAGAGCUCAAAUCAAGAAGGGCACAGUGCUCACAAAGAAAAGAAACAAUAUUCUUGUAAAAUGUGUGAUAAAAGCUUUUCCCAGAAUAAUAACCUGACGAUACACAUGAGAAGUCACACAGGGGAGAGGCCUUUCUCAUGCGAGACAUGUGGCAAAGGUUUUACUACAAAAUCGAAUUUAACCCUUCACUUGAGAACGCACACAGGUGAGAAGCCUUUUCCGUGCGUGACCUGUGGAAAAAGCUUCAGUCUAAAAUGUAUUUUAACUGAGCACAUUAGAACUCACACUGGUGAGAAACCCUUCCCAUGUCUGGUCUGUGAGAAAAGUUUCCCCUCCAAAAACCAUUUGAAUAAGCAUUUGAGAAGUCACACUGGUGAGAGGCCAUUCUCAUGUAUCACCUGUGGGAAAAGGUUCAGUCUGAAGUGUAAUUUAACUGAACAUAUGAGGACUCACACUGGUGAGAAGCCUUUUCAGUGUUUGGCUUGUGACAAAAGUUUUAACUCUAAAAACCAUUUGAAUAAACACCUGAGAGUCCACACAGGUGAGAGGCCUUUCUCCUGCAUGAUCUGUGGAAAAAGGUUCGCUCAGAAAAGUUGUUUAACGGAUCACAUGAGAACUCACACGGGGGAGAAACCUUUUCUUUGUGAUAUGUGUCAGAAAGCCUUCAGCCUGAGGAGCAGCUUGAAUAACCACAUGAGAACCCAUACAGGUGACAAGCCUUUCUCAUGCGACACCUGUGAAAGAACGUUCACGUUAAAGAGUCGUCUGAAUAGACACAUGAGAUCUCACACAGGGGAGAAACCAUUUACAUGUAAUGCAUGUACUAAAACCUACAGCCUUAAAAGUAGUUUGACCAAACAUAUGAAAACUCACGUUGGCUAGGAGCAUUUCUUCUGUAUACAGUGUAGAGAUAAAGAUGUUAGUAACCAGUAACAUAUUUUAAUGUAAUAUGAAAGAUAGUGACUGUUCACUAGGGUUGGACAUAAAGCUUUAUUAUGAAAUUUUGUGGUGCCGUUGUGAUAACAAUAAAAGUGAUAAUAAGAACUAUUUAUUAAUCAAUUGUUGGCUCAUAAAAGUCUGGCUUUUUCACUUUUACAAUUCAAAUUCAAAAGAUGCUUUAUUGAUCCCAAAAAAUUUUGAUGUCGCUCCAAUUCAUUAAUUCAAGGUUCUUCAAAGAGUUAUUGUACAUUUUUGUACAUCCAUUUGGGUCUCUACUGCUUCUAGAAAGGCUCCAGGUGUUCAAAAAAAGAACAAGUUAAUAUUUUUUGGUGUCUAGACAGCAAACUGUUUCAAAAACCUUUCGUAAUAUAAUGUUACAUAUCAACAGGCAUUGCCCUGUUACCUAGCAACCUCAGUUGCAGAGCAACUGCUCCAGCAAAGCUUGAGCACGUUUGGUCAGCUGGUUUUACUGCUGUAUGUGCUGUACAAUGGCUGCUGGAAAAAGCAAGAGGCCCUAAAACGGCUCAUUGUGAAAAGAGCUCAAAAUAGUCUAAAUCUGUGUCUGCGAAUUAUUUUGGGUAAAAAAUGUUAUGAAGGUAUUUUGUGUAGCCCGCAGUCCUAUCCUGACUCGUUCAAGGAAACAUAACAAGUCCCCUUUAAGAUGGCAUUCCUGCUCCACCUCUUACAAAUUAUAGGUUUCCAUCCCAAAAAUCAGUUGUAGUGAAAAGCCACAAAGUUUGUGUUUUUCUUUGUAUUCAUUGCAAUAAUUGACUGACGACGAGUUGUCCAUUCAGCUACUGUAGAAAAAAAAUUAAUUCAUUAUAUCCAUCUUGAUAACAUGCCGUUAUUUUCAAAAUAUUUGCAUGUAUGAUUGAUUUCUGGGUGAAAACUGAUUUGAUGCAGUUUCCUAUUAACUUUAAAAGAAAAUAAAAUUUUCUCCAGCAUUAAACUUUAUUUAAAAUUUAUUGCAGGCGUCAUAUUUUUAUUGCAGUCUAAACAAAUAAAUAUGCCAUAGCUGCAUACUGUCUACUUCACAGAAGUGUGUCCUUCCUAAAACUGGAGGAUUGAAUAGAUUUAUUUCUGCAACAUAUAAGUCAGUAUUAUGAUAAUGUCCUUUAUGAAUUGUUGCACAUUUAGGUUUUAAAAGUCAUGAAUUUGCAGGCAAAGGAAGGCACCAAAAAUACAUUGAAUAAUAACUUUCAAACAAAAUUAGGUGAAUUUAAGAAGACAUGAAUAAAAACACUGGACUGACAGUUUGGAUUCAAAUUAAAAAGGUUAAAUCAAGACUAGGCUUCUCAUUAUUGUCUUCAUGUUCUGUCUGGAGAUCUUAUUGUUGCAAAGUCAGUAACUCAGUGCUGCUUGAUAUCCUUAGAUAAAAAUCUUUGCAAAUUUGAAUCAACUGAAUUUUUACUGCAUUGAUUAAUAACUAAACUGAAAUUGUAAUAUAAUUUAUAUAGUAUGUUUAGAUUGUAUUUAGAUUGCUGUUUAUAAUUUGGCUAUUUUUUGUUAAUGUACCUUGAUAUUGUAUUUUACGUCCAUCAAGCUAUAUAAAAUAUCUGGAUUAAAUAUAAAAUAAGAUAAAUAUGACAAAGUUAGAGAGCAGAAUAUAGAAAGGUUGUUUUAUGGAAAUCUGAGAAAAACGGCAGCCAGGAAGUGAUUUCAGGGACACAUGAGACACAAACAUGUAUAUUAAAGAGCCAACAAUUAAUCUGAGUAGAAUGAAAAUAAAAAUGUGUCCUUUGGAAAUCAUGCAAAUUAACUUGUACUACGUGAAACAAAGUGAUUAAACCGAAUUUAAUUGC